CUCGUUUUUUGAUUUUUUUUACUCUAUAUAUACUAAUACUAGUGUAGUGCAACACGGCAGAUGCUGAUCGACACCGCGAACGCAUUCGCAGGCCAACAAUCGCUCAAACGCCCGGCAGACCUAUUCCUCGUCCUCGUAUUCUCGACAUGCAACACGAUCGUCGUCUUCCUCCGCGAGCUACGCACAGUAAACGCUACAUACACCUCGCGCGCGGGCGGGAUCCACGAUUACAUUGUCGCGAACCCGGAAUCUGCGCUCGCGCAGAUGGUCGACCCCGAGAUCCAGCGGCAGAAAUUACGCAACGCGGCAAACAAUCUCGUGCAGACCUUCAUUCCUGCUCUCGACAUCAAACGAUCUCCGGUUGCACUACUUCUGCGAGAGAUUGUGUCUCGCCAGAUUCUUGAAGCGGUGGUUGACGCGUUUUCUGACCCCGAUGCGGUCAACAAGUGGAUUAUUUACCUAUUACAGAAAGAAGAGAAUAUCAAAGCUCUCGCGAACGAGAUGACGGAAGCGACGAAGAACGGGCCUGCGGCGGUUGCUGCCGCUAAGGAUUCGGUUCCCAACGCUCUCGAUCUUGAGAAUGCUGGGUUUUUACCACCCUCACCACCUGAAGAGUUUCAAGACGACUGUGACGGAGAUAAUGAGUCCAAAGCCUCUCAGCAGCAGCCGUCUAGUCGGGAGAACGACGCCGAGCACUCUAAUGGUCAAACUCCCGGCAGCGGAGGUACGGUUAGACGAGUUCCAAGGAAGCCAGUGGGUGUGGCAAAGGCUACAAGCAACGAUGAUCCCGACUCAUCGUUGUCUACGAACCCUGGCACGCCCGAGCGGCAGUCUAUGUCAAGCGCGCGUCCACCGACUACGUUUGACGAGAUGUUUUCGUCUCCCGAUUUUGCCAGCAGCUCAACAGAUUUAUCUCGCACUCGGAGUACAUCCUCGAUCGGCUCAACGCAUGCGGGCACUUCAGUAUCAUCGUCCAUGACGCCGUCCUCGUUCAGCCGGAGGCCUGCGAUAGAUUCACCGCCUCUGACCUUAUUCCAAUCGAACAUCAUGGUGAUUGAUUCGUCGGCGGACAAUAAUCAGUCGACGAAACCGUUGACGUCAAGACCAAUUGGGUUCUACACGCUUGUCAUUGAACCAGCUAGCAGUACAUCGCCUGGAUGGAUGGCGAUGCGGAAUAUCAGCGAUUUCGAAAAGCUGCAUACAGUAUUAUCAAAGCUGGCGGUGCUGGCGGGCUUGAAGAUGUUUCCCGAAGUGUUCCCCCCCUGGAACGGCGUGACGCGAGUAGAUUACUGCCAGACGCUGCAGUCAUACUUGCAGCUCGUUGUUAAUACCCGGGAGCUGGCCGAUUGCGAGGCAAUGAAGAAGUUUGUGGAUAAGAAGGAAACUACCUCGACAGCGGGCGAGAAACGCUGGCAGAAAAACCAGCUGUUCAAGCAUGCAGGCGAGGGUGUUUUAGACGCGAUCUCAAAGGCAACAAACGCGUCGUCUGCUAAAGAGUCACGGAAAGCGAUUCUCGGCGUGCUGGCGGCGGCAAAGAAGCAGUCGGUUGAGUCGAUAGGGCGAACGCGAGACAACGCGACAGCGGCAUCAAGUCGGGCAAGGCAGUCGUUUUUGUCGGGCGGACCAGAUUUCUCUGGGAUUGCGGCUAGCAUGCGACAGCUUACGAAUGGAGCGCAUAUCACAGGAGUUACGCCGGGACCGCAUCUGAUAGCAGACAGCGCGCCGGCGCUGAAUGGAUAUAGUCGCGAGGCGAGCGAGAGCUCGACGAGUCUUGCGAGCGCGGCGGAUAGUAUAUCAGCGGAAUACGCGCCGGUGUCGUCAGAGACUGAUAGCUACGCGAGCAAGCGGAGGUCGGUCGUGAGUACUGCAUCCGCAUCUACGCCGGCGUUGGGAGUGGUAGAUAGCGGAAACGCGCUACGAAGGACCGAGUCGCGCGCUUCUUCGGAAAUGGACAUGUCGGAGCCAGGCUCACCGCGGCCGUCGUUGUCUGCAGAUGCGGUAGAGUCGCGCCCGAGGGCGGCAAUUGACCACAGUGACGCACGGCGGUCGGCUAUCUUGGCCUCACAUCAGGAGCUUUCGCAGAGCGAGACGAACUCGCUGAUCGAUACGAUCUUUCUCGCGAUUUCCGAGCUGUAUCUGCUGUCAAAGGCGUGGAACGUGCGGCGGUCGCUUUUGACGAUGCUGCGCGGGCUGCUUUUGCGGAAUGGAUCGUCGUCGGUGGAGGGUAUCCGGCUUGCGAUCCAGAAGGAUAUAAUCGGCAAGUACUCGUCAGAAGAGGAGCUAGCGCGGAAGUUGAACGAUAUGAUCAACUCUGUGUGGCCGACGGAAGAAGAGCAAGCGCGACGAGAGAAGGAGAAAGCCGAGACAGACUCGGACGCGCUGCGAGCGGAAGCUAAGAAGAUGUUUAUGUCGCGAGCAGUGCCGGAUGCGAUUAAAAGUGUGAUGGGAGCAGCUGCGUCGUCUCAGGCUCUCGAGUAUGUGUUUGAUGUGCUGCAGGACCGUAAUAUAGUACGGGGGAUUGUGCUGGAUCUGUUGAUGGACAUCAUUACGACUGCGCUGAUGUGAAGCGUCUGUUGAUUGAGUCUUUUUCUUUUCUUUUCUCUUUUCAUUUUGUACAUUAAUAGGGAUUAUAAUAGCACCGUUUCAGCGAGGAUAGCAGUAGAGCAAACAGAAAGAUAAUCAAGAACGGCAGUGCUCGGAUUGGCCCG